CUCUUUUGUUCCGUUUCACCUCAUCGAUUCGCUCCGGCCGCCUCUCAAAUCCGAUCUCUUCGGAUCUCGCGGCUCCAUGAUCUGGUGGCAGAUGGACGUGGUGGAAGCUUUCCGAUCGAUGACAUGGGAGCAGGAGUCAUACCCCGCGUACGCAGACUUCCUGGCCCUGCCUGUCUUCGCGAUGUUCUUCCCCACCGUCAGAUUCUUCCUCGAUAAGUUCGUCUUCGAGACAUUGGCCACAUGGCUUAUACCUAAAACGGUGCAUGAAAACCUCAGUGCUGAAAAUGAGAAGAGAAGAAAAGUCAAAAAAUUUAAGGAGUCAGCAUGGAAGUUUGUUUAUUUUCUUUCAGGAGAGCUUCUGUCCUUGUCUGUUACAUACAAUGAGCCAUGGUUCACAAGGACCAGAUACUUUUGGGUAGGACCAGGAGAUCAGGUCUGGCCUGAUCAGAAAAUAAAAUUAAAACUUAAGGCUGUUUACAUGUUUGCUGCUGGGUUCUACACAUAUUCUAUAUUUGCCCUCAUGUUCUGGGAAACAAGGCGAUCCGACUUUGGAGUGUCCAUGUCUCAUCACAUAGCAACUGUGGUUCUCAUUGUGCUGUCUUACAUAUUCAGGUUUGCACGUGUUGGUUCAGUUGUUUUAGCCAUACAUGAUGCAAGUGAUGUGUUUCUGGAAGUGGGAAAGAUGGCUAAGUAUAGUGGCUCUGAAUGGCUUGCUAACACUUCAUUUCUUCUGUUUGUUGCAUCAUGGGUUUUACUUCGUCUUACAUACUUCCCAUUCUGGAUCCUCCGAAGUACAAGUUAUGAAGUCGUCUUGACUUUGGAUAAGGCAAAGCACAAAUUUGAAGGGCCUAUAUACUAUUAUGUCUUUAACACUCUUCUAUUCUCACUGCUUGUUCUUCACAUCUAUUGGUGGGUUUUAAUCUACCGAAUGCUUGUAAAGCAAAUCCAGGCUAGAGGCCAUGUCGGUGAUGAUGUUCGAUCUGAUUCAGAAGGUGAAGACGAACAUGAAGAUUGACUGGGGAUAUCUUCUGACUAGUGCUGAUAUGUGAAUGAUGAUCCCAUGAAAGAUCACGAUUCAAGUUCAUCGUUAUUAGUGUCUCGAUUUGUGUUUUGUUGAUGAUCUGCCAACUGCUAGUACUCAAAUGGCUCACAAGUUUUGGCCAAAAGAUCAGCCUCUGCUCUAUUUUUAGGUUGGCUCCACAACUAAGCUUGGUUAUAUGGAAUCAAACUUCUUUAGCAUGAUUUUUCCCCAAUUGGUGAGUGGUUGUCAUUAGAGAUACCUCCUCAUACCAGAGAGCAUCUGUAUAUUUUACAAGAGAAACAGAUGGGAUCCACAUAGAGAUUGCUUCUGAUAGGCAUUUGUUCCAUUGCAGCACAUCUUUUGUCAACCAAAAGUGCUGAUGCAUGCUGUAUUCUGUAUUUUAGUCAACAGUUGCAAACUAUUUGCUGAUUUGAUUCUUCUCAUUGAUUCAA